AUGAGAGCACUUGGUAUCGUCUUUAGUCUGAACUUUUGGGUAUUGACAUUGGCGGAGUAUGUCAAUCUCCAGAUGGUAGGUUCGUGGGACCAGACUCCAUUCAAGCUGAAUGUUCUCGAGACGUUCAGCGCGCACAACGAGAGCCUGUAUCUUCCUUUAGCUCUCAAGCUUAUUGGCAUUGUGUACAAAGAGGAGGAAGUCGAACUGGAGGACACAACUUUGUCGGAUGAGGACUAUUUCAAGUACGCGUGUUCUUUGGUGAAUGCUGACGAUCUGGGAUUUGUCGAGGCAGACCUGGCUCUGAGAACGCAUUCGCCUCGAAUUGUGGCUCAUUUUCAGGAGGAACACUCGUCAGAAUGCGAUGACGCGUGGCUCAAGCAGGAGAACAACGUGUACUGUAAGCCCGACGACGUGUUUGCAUUGAAAACAGCAUCCGAGGGUCAUGUGGAGCCAUUAACGGCAUUUGACCGAGUCAUUGGCAACACGGAUAAUGUGUUCGUACUUUAUGGUGAUUACGAAUCUGCAAAGUUCCGCCAUUUCUUUGCCAAUCUAUAUGAAUUUGCUUCUUCUGGCAGACUUGGCUUCGCUUGGAGAUAUACACGAAGAGACGAAACCAAGAAAGAAGUUCUAGCAGGUUUCGGAGUUGACCUGACGCUGAAAAGAACGGACUACAUUGCUAUCGAUGACAGGGGAUUCACCGAAGAACAGCGGUCGAAGCUCAAGUUCGAGACGGAUCAAGAGGCCGCGGAUCCUGUGGAUGAUUUCGUUGAUCGACACAUGGAUGAUAUUAAGAAACUGUCUCAAUAUCAGAUGAAAGGGCUUGUUGGAAAGUUAGUGAGCUAUAUCACCAAAAAGGGGUCAGGUUUGGGGCUGUUUAGAAAGAUCAUGCUUGAUUUUCCAAAGUACGCGUCUUAUAUCUCUCUCCAAAAUGAGCCUGAGGAAAAAACCAUGGACUCUCCAAAUGUUCCGACAGGCAUGUAUAUUAAUGGAGUCCCUGCAAGUGAGAAGUUUCUUAGCGUGUUUGAGAUACUGAGAAGACUCAAGCAGGAGAAGCUCAUAAUUGAUAACCUGUCCUCGGUGAACGUGGAUAAAAAUGAAGCCAAGAAUAUGUUAUACAGAUUCGCAAAUGAAUCGGUGGUGGCUGCGGCCCAUUUGCCCCGGUACCAAACGAUGGAUCACCCGGGAAUCAUAUUUUUCAACGAUCUUGAAAAUGACCCAGAAUAUGCAGAUCUCCAAAAUCCUCGACUGGCUUACAAGUCAGAAUGGAGCGGAAGAAAAAUUCCUCCUGCGAGAGAAAAUGUCCAUGAUGUAGUGUUUGCCAUCAAUCCUACUGACCCAUUGCAACUUCAAUACUCAUUAAUGAUGAUCAAUGCUAUCCUGAAAAAUUUGAUACCUCAGAGAGUGGGCAUUGUUCCGCUAGCGAGAACUGAGGAGGACCAGAUAGUCACUGAGCAACUAGUGAAAAUCUUUGAAACUUCCGGACCAACAGACGCCCUGAGGUACUUGAUUUUGGUGCACGAAGUGAUCAACUCUCCGGGUGUGGGCAUCGACGCACUCAAGCAAGUCGACGUUUCAGAUAAAGACGAGCUGCUCCGUGACUUGGAUUCUUUCAAGGACCAAUUUGCCCUACGAUCGCAACCGUAUGUUAUAAUCAACGGCAUAUUCAUAGAGUUCAGCCAAAACUGGCAGUAUGCUAUGAGCGAGCAAAUCACGGCUGAUAUUCUUUUCCUCAACUCUGAACUAAGACAGAGAAAAAUACCAAGAAAAGUCACCCUAAAAGACUACCUUCGACAAGGAGCCCUGGCAAGGCGUGAUCCUUACUUGAUUCCAGAGACCCUAGACAGACUGCGAUCCUCUUACAUUCCUGCACCGACAUACGAGACCUACAAAUUACUGAAAAGAUUCGGAGGAGAGGACAAAAUAGUACUCAAUGUCGUUGGUAAGCUUUCAUCAAGGAAAUUCAGGACGCAAGCUGCUGAAGCGCUGAAAAGUGGAAUCGACUUGCGUAUUAUUGAUGUUUCGAAUUCACCAGAAGCAGAAACACUUACUAAGCUAUUGGACGACGCGAAGAGCGCUCUUGUAUUUUUGGACGGAGAGUUCGCACCUAAGCCAACUGACGAGUCAAUACUGUCAACGGUUUCCAAAUGUUUUGGUAUUGAUGAUUUCACUGACGAUGACGAAAUUUACCUGAUUCUAAACGGACGGCUGAUAGACUUAGAGGAUAGAAAGCCAGUCAGUGCAGAUGAUCUUCAAAUCUUGCUGAAACGAGAAAAAAGCAUGCGACUGAAUCUACUAGAUCAGGAUACCCAAAACUUUGAGUAUAAGUCUUGGGUUGUCACAUCCUCCUUCUAUUAUGACGACGGCGACUUCAUUAUAUCUGGUUUGCUCCCCAGAUACGACUUUUCCAAAGCGGAUCCUUUCAUUGAACAGGGCACCGGAUAUAUCGACGCUGACUUAGUUAUUGAUCCACUCAACGAGCAAGCACAGUCCAUCUUAGCGCUAAGCGAAGUGUUUGAGAGGUUCGACUUUGUUCGCUCCAGAAUAUGGAUCAAACCUUCAGAAAAAGAAGAGCUUACAAUCAAGCGUCUUUAUCGUGGCGUUUUCCCAACCUCUGUCCAGUUUGAGGAAGACGGGACUGAAAAGCGUGAUUAUUCUGCUUUUUUCGACGACGUUCCCGAGAAGACACUAUUCACAGCAGAUGUUGACGUGAUCCCUUCGUGGAUCGUCUCAAUCAAGGAAGCUAACACUGAUCUCGAUAACAUCAAACUGGAUAUUUCCGGGUCAGUCGAUGCCGUCUACGAGCUGAAGUCGAUCCUGGUACAGGGCCAUGCUCGUGAAGGAGUUGAUGCCAUUGCUCCUCUUGGGUUGGGAUUCCAGCUUCUGGGUGCAGAUGGCGUGUCUGUGUCAGACACAAACGUGAUGGCAAAUUUAGGGUACUUUCAACUGAAGGCCAACCCUGGUUUGUGGACGCUGAGCACGAAGAAGAUUGUACCGGAUGUGGAGUUCGAGAUUGACGCAAUUGACACCGAGUUCAAGACCAAGAUACUACCCCGCCGUCCGGAGAAAGUUGCCAUACUAGACCUGACAGGUGCCAUGCUGUACCCUGUUGUUUCGAGAAAGAAGGCGUCCAAUAACCUUGUGUCGGGAGUCUCGAAUUAUUUGAGCUCUUUUUUCAAACCCAAGCAGGCCGAGAUAAACAUUUUCACUGUUGCCAGCGGACAUCUCUACGAGCGCUUCCUAGGGAUUAUGACAGCAUCUGUGAUGGCUCACACAAAGCACAGUGUCAAGUUUUGGCUGAUCGAAAACUACAUGUCUCCCAAGCUGAAAAAGCACCUGCCUUUACUCGCGAAGCAUUAUGGAUUUGAUUACGAACUGGUCACCUAUAAGUGGCCAACGUGGCUCCGCGGUCAGAGAGAAAAACAGCGCACAAUAUGGGGAUAUAAGAUCCUGUUUUUGGAUGUUUUGUUCCCGCAAGACUUAGAGAAAGUCAUCUUCGUUGACUCCGACCAAAUUGUGAGAACUGACAUGAAGGAGCUUGUGGAUUUGGAUUUGAAGGGCGCCGUUUAUGGUUUUACUCCAAUGUGCGACUCGCGCAAAGAGAUGGAAGGCUUCCGGUUCUGGAAACAGGGCUACUGGAAGACCCUGCUGGGAGACAAUCUGAAAUACCAUAUCAGUGCUCUGUAUGUGGUUGAUCUUAAAAGAUUCCGUCAGAUUGCAGCGGGAGACAGGUUGAGACAACACUACCAGUCUCUUUCUGCCGAUCCGCACUCCCUGAGCAAUCUCGAUCAGGACCUUCCUAACAAUUUGCAACACACCAUCCCUAUCUACUCGCUUCCUCAGGAGUGGUUGUGGUGCGAGACGUGGUGUGACGAUGAGAGUUUGAAGAAAGCGAAAACAAUUGAUCUAUGCAAUAAUCCGUUGACCAAAGAGCCGAAGCUCGAGAGGGCUAGACGGCAGAUUCCAGAGUGGACCAAGUACGACCAGGAAAUAGAGAACAUCAUCAAAGGAGACCCUGUGACUCACGAUGAACUCUAG